AUGCUCCUGUUCAAAGUCAUUGGCCCGCGCGCGUUUUGCGAGCUGCUAGCACGCGAAUCGACGCGUCGCGUUAUCCCGGUCGACGCGUCCUGGUACAUGCCCAACGCGAACCGCGAUCCUCUGGCCGAGUUUCUCACCCAGGACCGACUCGCCAACGCAGUGUUCUUCGAUAUCGACCGCGUCAAAGACACCGCGUCCCCGUUCCCACACAUGUUGCCCGAUCUGCCCACGUUCAACGCCAGCAUGAGCCAGCUGGGGAUCCGCAACUCGGACGUCCUGGUCGUGUACGACCGGCUUGGCAACUUCUCUGCUCCCCGGUGUGCCUGGACGCUCGCGGUCCUGGGCCACCCGCAAGUGUACUUGCUCAACAGCUUCCCCAAGUACAAGCAGCUGGGCUUGCCUCUGGACACGACCGCGCGCGCGGUCGUGUCGCUGCUGCCGCAGCCGUCGCAGUACAGGUCGACCAUGAGCCACACGGCGUCCGAGCUGGUCGAGUUCGAAGAGUUGAUGGCCCUGGUCGAGACCGGGACGCUUGCAGACCGCUACAACGUGUUUGACGCACGGUCCGAGCCCCGGUUCACGGGCGACGCGCCCGAACCGCGUCCGGGACUGCCCAGCGGGCACGUCCCCGGUGCGCAGCCACUGCCCUUCACCGCUACGCUCGCAGACGGGUGUUUUGACGACGAUGCGACCGCGAUGCGGGCGCGAAUCGACCAGUACUUGGCCCAAUCGCAGGGAACACUGGACCCCAAGAAACCCACGAUCGCGAUGUGCGGGACCGGCGUCAGCGGCGUCAUCAUCAAGACCGCACUCGAGCUGGCCGGCGUGCAAGACGUGCGACUCUACGAUGGCAGCUGGACCGAAUGGGUCCAGCGGGCCGGGUCGCAGUGGAUUGCCCGGGGGAAGUAG